GUGUAAUUGACUCACAAUUUACUGAUCAUUGCUUAUAUACUGAACUGAUUAUCACUUCACCAUAACUGACACCUAAACCAUAACCUCUGACAGACCUCUCAUUGAAGGCAAUGUCUUCUAAGCGCCAUCGAGACGACGAGGAAGAGGAUGGAGACAAUGGGAAACGGGUUUGUCGUUCACAUGCAUAUGACUCGCAUUCAGUGUCAUUGCGAUGGCCUUUCAACCAACUGAUGAAAGUGAGACCAAACAAAGUGAUGUCACGGAGUGUGGAUAUAUGCGAGAAGUGCUGCAGCUGUGUGGCGGUCAUGACCAUCAGUGAUGGCACACAAUUGUGUCACUUCUGUGAGCGACGUGUGCUCAACAAUCUCUUCACUCCUUCACCCGUUAAUAAAUAA